AUGCCAAGGGCACUGAAGAUGUCCUUGUCUCCGACACUGUCGGCGCAUCUUCUGCAGCAGCAGCUGCCGGCCCCAUCACGCUGGGCUCUGAAUCGCUGGAGGCUUGAGCUGGAUUAUGCUUCCAUGAUCUUCUGCCGAAGAUAUCUGCUGUCGGUGGACACAGAUUGGUUUGUCCACAUUCGGGCGGAUGCCUCUCCGCAAGGUGGGCGCGACUUCCUGGUCUGCGAAUUGGACAGGUGCGUGAUCCCACAGCGCGACGCACAAGGCCUGUCCGACUCGCAGCGUAUCACGGAAGUCGAGAUCAGCACCCGUCUUCUUCCUCUGGCUAUAGUGGGUGCCAAGGCUGCGUCGGCCAGCCACAAAGCCCUGCUGCUGAUGAAAAGUCUUUCUUUGGAAAGUCAGAGCCUUCAGGAGACGCUUCGCCGGACAGUAACGCUCCUGUUUGAUUACGGAGCUGAAAGCGGCAUAUGGAAGCUCUCAGCAGCACCCUUCUUGGAUUCAGCAGAAAAAGCACAUUUUCACUCUCCUUUCGCCGUGGUGCCAGCAGCAGAUCCACAUGGGUUGCAGGAGUCCGAACUUUGCCGCUUGUUUCCACGAGCACUUCCUCUUGCGGAUGGAGAUCAUGCCCUUCACCACGAGCACAAGAAACAGAUGGCGAGUCUUUUCAAGACCAUUUGCCCAUCCUUCGUGGAGCACAGGUGGCAGUAUCUGUUUGAGACAUUGUCCUGGAUCGCUCCAAGACAACAAUGCUUGGCUUACUUGAAACUGGAAGAGCUAUCAGGAGGACGCGACGACGGGGAUGGUCAGGACGCUGCUCUCUUGAGCUCAAAUCAACUCGAGUUGCUUGCUGGUUUGUGUGGAGACGCUGUCCACAAUGUGGCCGCACUGAAAUUCUGGGCGCUGACUGGGUUGGCUAGGCUGUUAGCAGAUUGGGGAGCACGAUUUAGCUGGAGCUUGCACAGCUGCCCAUGCCAUCCCCGCCGCUUGCGGCGAUCAGAGCUGGAUAAAGCGGACAAGGCCGCUCAGUCUGGCAAGGGCAAGACCGUGCCGUGCCAGAUGGAAGGCCGCAUGUGUGUGCCCUUGGCUGCCGGCCUUGCAGAGGUGGCGAUACAUCGCCUGAACGCCAUCGGCAUCCCCGCGCAUGUGCAGCAGGCGCUCAGGCAACUGGAAGCAGCUGAUGCUGGCGCAGCACGUGAGCUGAUGGAUGGUUUCAAGACUGCCGUGUCGCGCAUAUCCUUCCGCAUGAAGCAAGCGUUCGGAUAUUGGAAGGAGUUGCCAUGGGCCUUGCUUGUCAUCAUGCGGCCUUGGGUCGAGUACUUUUCUUCUGAGGAGGAAGCGCUGUCUUGCCAGAAG